AUGUUAAUUGAUUUAUUUAUUUACCUUGUCCCUUUCUUCUUGACAAUUAUCUCAUUACAGAAUUCUGAAACAGGUGAGGUAAUCUAUAUACAAACAGAUGCCGCCAGCGUAACUGAACCCAGUUAUGACGCCGAAACGGGUGAACCCAUUAUGGGUAAAGUUAAGGUGCGCUAUAUGAAGCAGAAACAUUUUCAAAUACCUAAAAAACUAUUGCGGGGUUCGCCGUGUGAGGAAUUCGAGAAGGAAAUGCUGGGAAAAAAUGAAGAAAUCUAUCAAGAACCAUUUGGUAAAAUAAGCAAAGAAUCCGAUGUCUUGGCGGAGAAAAUUGAAGCAACGACAAAGCCCAAAAAAUUAUACGAAAGAGAUGACUACAUGAACAUGGAGGGAGUAUCAAAUGACAUUAUUUUGGGUUAUAAUAAAUCCAAUUAUCGUAUACUUCUAUUUCCUACCUUUUUCUUUUUCAACAUUUAUGCCGCCAUGAUUAUUAUGCUUUUGGAGACAUUCUUUCAUUUUUGGGCUCAUCUCAAGAAUGGCUUGAAUAUGGAUAAAAAUUUCUACUAUCGCAGUCCUUUGCAUGUCGUUACUUCACAAUUUUGUGCCAAAUGUCGUUCGGAAUCGGAAAUGGAUGCUAGUAUAUUUCGUGCUUUAAAUAAACAAAUGCGAGCAGCUCGCCAAUCCAAGACAUUGAAAGAUGUUUCCAAGGCAAUUGGUUGAUGUUUACAACUUACACGAAGUUUUUCUGUAAAUGAACAAUAUUUUUGUAUAAAUAAUAUUAUUUUGUAAAAUUUUUAAAUUAAACCGGUUUUAAUUUAACUAUUUUAAUUUUUUUUUUUAAUGCACGGUAAAAUGUUAUAGUUUUCUUUGCUUGUUUCUAACAUAAAAUGUAUACUAAAAAUUUCUAAAAUUAAUAAUAAAUAAAUUUUUCUUUAUGUGAUCGUAAA